CCCGCCCCCGCGCGGCGGUGCGCGUGCUCGGCGGCGGCCGCGGCCGGGCAUGGCGGCUGUUUUGGAGCUGCUGCUGCUGGAGGAGGUGGCGGUCAGCGCCGUGCUGCGGUGGCUCCGGCACGGCCCCGGCUCGGCUGAGGAGAACCACAUCCAUGAUAAGUUGAUAUCUCUUAGUUUGCUUCGGAAAGACUUUGUGCCUUUUCUGCUAAAUUUUUUAAGGGAGCAGACCAGUCAGAUCCUGACGAAUGGACCUUCUACUCCUGCUAAAACUCCGAAUUCCAAGGCCCACAGGAGCCAAAGGACAGGAUCAGAAAGGAGGGCAGGCCAUGCAACUGGCAGCCGAGUGCAGCUCUUUCCCCAGAGGACUUCAGUGACCACCUGUACUACAGAUACCAGCUUUUCUUGUACUGUGGCAUCCAGUGGCUCCUCUUCCUUUUCUGGGUCAAGCCUGUCCAGCCCUUGCAGUCAAUUCCCUAGCAUGGUCUCCAGCAGCAGCCCAAGCUUUGAUUACAGCCCGGUGCUUAACCACGGUGAGAAGCGGUCAUCUCAGAAGGCCAGCUUGGGAAGCUUCCUUACAGCCACGCCUGAAGCCCUGCCAGCUAGACGAGGUAGAAGGAAAGGCAACAGCUCAGUCAGUGCCUCUGGCCGGCAAGUAGCUCGGGAUCUGGGGCGCUCCCCUGCUGAAGAGGAAGAUGGAAAGAAUGAGAGUGUAUCAUGGAGUGGAGGGAGAAGGAAGCGGAGUGAAGUGCCUGUUGUUUCUUCCAGAUCCCCACCUAGCCAGCUAAAUCUUAACAACUUGGAGGAGUUUCCACCCAUGGGUGCUGCCUCUGGCUGGACAACCAAAAGCAAACCAUCAAGGCGAAUCAACCCAACUCCCGUAAGUGCUGAGCGCCCCCUCUCAAAACCAAAGAUGUGCUUCACUUCUACGCCUGUCAGCCAGUCUCCAGCUGCUCGAUUUUCAUCUGGAUCAAACCUUGAGGCUUUUACUGCUGUCCAGGAGGGAAACCUUACAUCUGUGAUAAGCAAGAGCCUUCAAGAGGAGAGGGAGAUGCUAAAGAAAGAAAGAUGCAAAUUGCUGCACCAGUCAUCUUCGCCUGCAGGGACAUCUCUUGACCCUGGCACUCCUCCUAAGCUUGGCUACGGUCGCAGUGUUAACCUUCCUGCUGAAAGCCAUCUGGUGACCUGUGCAAAUCCUACUAAGGUUUCCUGCAAAAAACAAUUGGAGUGUCUGGCACAGCUCUAUUCAUCAUGUAUAGCAGAAAACCUGGUACCAAAUAUUUUUCUGGAGCUCUUUUUUGUUCUGCAGCUGCUAACAUCUAAAGGCACUUCUGCUGCAGAAGAUGGUGAUAGUGACCUUGAAGUCAAUGAAGGAAGUAAAGAUGUAUCAGGAAGACAGCAUUUCCGAAGUGUGCACAAUUGUGUUUAUUUUGCUGUUCAAGUCUUGGAUUAUCAGUAUGAAAUUAUUUCCCGUUUAGAAAAGGGGACACUGAAGCUCUUGGCUGAAAAUGAACGAAUUGCAUCUUUUUCUCCCACCUUGCACGAGAGGCUCAAGCAGGCUUAUGAAAGCAGCACAGCCAAGGUGUCUCUCCUGCUGCCAUGCUCUGUACAAUCUGUUUCUUUCCAGCCAGAAACUGACAAUCGCUCUAACUUUCCCAGUGAUAGAGCAUUUCACAUAUUUAAGAAGCAAAGGGAUAUAUUUUAUGAACUGCUGCGUGAAUGGGAGGAUAAUCAUGAAAAAACUGGCUGGGACUUUGAAAGAGUUCUGGGCAACAAGAUCAGGGCUAUGAUGGCUCACCUGUCUGCAACCUGCAACCACAGCCAUUUUGCCAGACUCUUUCAGAAACAGCUUAUCCAGAUGUGUAAAGGUCCUGUUGGAGGUGGUGCAAGCUGCGGAGACACCCCAGACCAGGAUGUCCUUAAUAUGCUGGGUUCUGAUAAUCUGAGCCGUCUAAAGAGGCUGCAGGAAAGAUUUGUUGUUUCUCAGAGCAUCAGAGGACCUUGUCCACCUCCUUCCUUCCCAGGGUGCCAGCAGUUCUUCAGGGACUUCAUCCUCAGUGCAGGAAGUUACCAGUUCAAUCAGCACCUGAUGGAUAGUCUGUGCCUGAAGAUACUCGAACUGAAUGGCCUUACUCUAGUGGAACAUGAGCAUAGUGAUGGGGAAGCAGAUAUGGAUGAACAGGAUGAAAAGAAGCGUUUCACUGUGGUCCUGUUAAGCCUACGACUUCUCGCCAAGUUCCUGGGGUUUCUUGUUUUCUUGCCAUAUCGCACUGUGGAGCAGCCAACUAGAGACUUGCAAGACUCUGCAGUAGCGUUAAGAAACCAAACCCUGCCAGUGCUGGAUGUAUUGAAGCUUCUUAGACAAUCUAUUCGGGAUCAACGUUCUAUCCUCACUAUUCCUUGGAUUGUGGAGUACCUUUCCCUUGUGGAUCAUAUUGCUCCUUUCCUUGAUUACUACAGGAAAGUAUUUUGUCUCUUGCUACAGGUAUACAGGUUAAUGGUCCUUUCUGAAGAUAAGGAGAUGAGUUUCCUGAACAAGCUGCUGAUCCUUGCAGUUCUGGGUUGGCUUUUUCAGGUUCCAUCAGUCCCUGAAGAGUUGUUUUUCACCCCUGAUGUCAGGCAGGAGGGACUGAUGCUGGAUACUGUGACAUCUGCUCAGGCUUUGGAUUCUGUACCUUUGGUGGAUCAGCAGUUACUUUAUACCUGCUGUCCCUAUCUUGGUGAGCUGCGGAAACUACUUGCUUUUUUUGUGGCUGGUAGUGGAGCGAAAAAUGGUGGCUUUAUGAGGAAAAUCACUCCCACAGCUGCAGAGUCUUUGGCACCCAAGGUUUCUGUCACACAGCGGAAACUGCAGGUAGAGUUGGAACAGGCCUUCUUCCACAACCAGCCUCCAUCCUUACGGAGAACAGUUGAAUUUGUGGCAGAGAGGGUGGGAUCCAACUGUGUUAAGCACAUCAAGGCAACACUGGUAGCAGAGUUGGUUCAAAGGGCUGAAGUCAUGUUGCAGGAUCAAGUGAAGGAGGAAGAUGGUAAUCAUGACAAGCUGCUUGAAGAGGUGUGCACUCAUCUGUAUAAGGAAGGGGCCCAGGCACUCAUCAAAGGCAGAGAAUUUUGCAAAAAGAAAGGUCCUGAGGCAGUAAGGGUGUUAUUGCCAGAAGAGACAUCUGCAGCAGUUUUAAGGAGUGCAGAAGACAUUGCAGUGGAACUGGCUACUGAGAAAGCCUGUGGCUGGCUUUCUACGAACAUUGCAGCACUCAUCAAAAGAGAAGUGAAGGCAACUUUCAACAGAAUGCUGAAAGUCCCAGGACUUCCCUUGCCCAGUGAGGAUGCUCUGGAGUUGAGAAAGGACUGCCCUCCAGGCUGUCAGCAUUGUGCUCCAUUUCCCUCCCAAAUCAUCAACGAAAUUAAGGAUGUACUCUGUGUUGCCGUGGGCCCACGAGAUGAGGGUGAAGUGAUUGACUACGCUUGGCUGGAGUGCUUGCUAGGAAGGUUGAGUGAAACACUUCGUUGCAGAAAGUUCAUGUGUCCCACAUCAGAACAGCAGCUGGCGAAGUGCACAGUUGAGUUGGCUUCCUUGUUGGUUUCAGACAGCGUUCCUCUGAGUCUCGGGAUGAAGUCCCUAGAGAAGAGCUCUGAGAGGCUGCAUAUAAAGAAUAAUCCCAUCUAUGGCCUUCUAAAACUGCUGCUUUCUGUCUGGAAGGAGGACUUUGGGACACCUGUACCUGUGGAGCUCAUGUUCAGCAAGAAGAACAUCAGUUACCUUGCUGAAGUUAAGCAGCGAGAGUGGAGUUUGUUCCUUUUUAUGCUUCGUGGUCUUGUAGAACAUGAACUAAUGAGGACCAAUGAAAUAGAGAGUUGCUUGCAUAGCCUUGAACAGCUCCCUUGGCCCUCGGAUUUCUUAAAAGAACUGGAAUUGCUUUCCAGAGUAUUUAUAUCAGAACAUCAUAUAGAAGAGCCCAGGAUUAAGCCUUGUGACCUGACCCGACAAUCUCUAGGUACCAUGACAGCACAAAGUUAGUGGAGGUCAGUUUGUGCAAAACCUGCAAUGAUCUUUCUGUUCAUGGAUGUUUUGCCAUGGUGACUGUGCUGAUGGAUCUCCAAGUCAAAAGUCCUUUAAGCACCUUGAUUGUGGCUCAGAGCAGCCAUUUUUCAGACUCAGAAACACUUUUCUUAUUUGUGCAGCAACAGGCCGUGACCAAACCCAGGAAUCAUUUCAAGUGGGCAGGUUAGUUUGUGACAGAAAGAUGGUUUCCCGGAUGGCUGUAUGUUCUCUUAACUCAAUGUGAUUUCUCAUGCUGUUUUUUAACAGUCUGUACUGUCAGGGGAGGUAAAAGUGAACCUGUAUGACAGGGAGAAUGAGCCUAUAUUUAUUUUUCAUUGUAAGCUCAAUUUUAAAGGUUUGAUUCUAAAUUUUUUAAGACUCAUUUUAAAAGUUAAACCAUAUUAAAUAUAUCUACCAGAACAUUGAUGGCAUCAUUCUUAAAAAAUGUAGACGCUUAAGUGUUUUUCUGUUUCUUGUUGGAAACAGAACUUGUAAUUUCUUCAGGUUUUUAAUAGAAGUAAGGGAGAAAAUAUCUGCUAUAUUUUUUACUGAAGAGACAGUAUUUUUAAGACAUCUUUUAUAGUAUGUGAACAUAAAUGGCAUCUGGCUGCUAUUCAUUGUUUUCCUUCUUGCCUUGAGUUUGGUUUUUAUCAGACAGGAAGUGCCGCAGCAAGAAAACUACAAGAAAAAGCCUGGAAGAGCAGACAGAAAAGUAGUGAAAAAGCACUGUGACAUCCCCUGGAGAGUUGGUUUUGAGAGGAAUCCUUUUCAUGGAGAACAGUGGGUGUUUUCUGCCUACCAAGGCUGUGACCUUCUGUUCACCCUCCCAAGUAUUUCCUUAAACUUAAGGGACCGCUGGUAGCUAGUGGAAUAUGAUUAGGUGUUCAUUUGCUGUCUCAUGGGAUUUUCAUGCCCUGUAUCAGUGAGGAUAUUAUUUCCUUUUGCCUAGGAGUGUGCUAUUAGUGCAGGUUAUUUUUCAGAAAGCAAAUACUGUGUUAUGUAAGGACAGCAUCUGGGCAAAGUGAAGCCCAGGGUUUUUUAGGUUGCUGAUUAACUUACCUCUUCCUUCUGCAAAGCGAGGAAAGGUAACAUCUUGGAGUCAGUGAAAAAAACGCAGGAAAGAACUGAAAAAAGAAAAACCACAAACAGACCUAAUUAAAUAGACCUGUGGCUUCCGUUAAAAUAUAUCUGCUACAGAGAGAGAGACAGAAACCAUAGAGAAACAUCAGUGUCUGAACUGUACUGAGAUUUUUCUCGUUUACCAAGCACUGCAUUGAAAGAUUUGGCAUGUUCAAUCUGCAUACCUUAUUUUAGGGGUUUGCUGAUGUGCUUGAAGCAGAGGGUCCCUAGAAGUAGGUGAUGGUAAUGUGAAUUGGAAUAGCGAAUAUACCAUAUCUUACCAUACCUGCUCCCCAAGCCUGAGUAUUAUGUGACAUUUUGCUGCAGAUCUCAUUUGAAGCUGUUGUUUGACAUAAUAAACAUGAUUAAAUGUCCUGGUUUGUGUUCCAGCUGUUGAUGUAUAUAUAACCUCUUUGUACCGGAGAGAGUGCAGUAAUCUCUCCUGUCUGACCUGCUGUUGCUUUGCUUAUACUGAAAUGCAACUACUUCAUUAUAGAAAGGGGGAGGAGGGUGGAAGGGGGAAGAAGGUGGAAUCCACAAUGGUUUAAAAGGUGCUCUUUGCUCUGCAACCAACUUUAGUUUGGUAUUCUAAAACUGUUGCAUCGAUACCAUUGCCACAGCUGUUUUCAUGAACUCAACAUACCUGAAUUAUUCUUCUUUCAUACAAUGUGCUUGGAAAUAUUUAUUUAAAAGGUAACCAGCCUCCAGGAGCAGUUUACCACUUCCAGAGAGCACAGGUGUGCCCCACUAGGCAGAAAGCAGUCAGUUCUUCAGUGGGAACCAGCCAGUAAGAAAUGCCUGUUUCCAUGUUUUUAUGUCUUAAUGCAGUUCCUGUAGUUUCUGGGCAUCCCACAGUACUCAGCCUUGGUUGCUCUAUAAAGCGCCAUACCCAACUUUGUAACUAAACCUUAGGAACAACUAUAUAGCCUGCUGUUUUCUGCAUAGAGUUACUCAGGACCAUUCUCCUGAGGAUGUUGGACUCUGUGGGCUUACUGGGCAGGCAGCCUCCUCCCACUGUGAAUGUUUCAAGCGUUGUACCCAUUGCCUGUGUGCUGCCUCUAGUUGUAGUGCAAGUAACACUGCAAGGAGGAGAGCAGCAGCGAGAAAGGAGCUCAGGGCAAGCUAGGGCAGAGUGUGUGGCCUUCCUUCUGUCAGUCUUUCCUACUGCAAACUUGCAACUCUCAAAAAAAAAAAAAAAAGAGGAAAAGUGGCAUAUAUUAACUUGCUUCUGGAUGUGCAGGUCAGAGGAGCUGUAUAAAUGGAUUUGGGAAGAAGCUUCAGCCAGUGCCUUGUUUCAAAACAAAAAACCCUUUUGCUUGGACAAGGCACUGCGUCACAGAAAUCUAAUUUAAGGAGUGACUGGCUUCUUGACUCUUGUGCCACUAAUCCAUAUUCCAUGCACAUUCCUCGGCAAGUAAGUAGGAGCUGCAUCUUUUUUGAAGUCCUGCAUCUUUUACAGCAAGCUAGCCCUUGUUAUCUCUCCACCCAGUAUAGCUCCAUAGAUGGGUAUCUUACCAGGAGCAAAAUAAUAGAUAUAAAAUAAUAAAAUAUAUAUAAAAUAAAAUUUAAAUAAAAAUAUAAUACAGGACACAUUUUCUUGUGUAGAAAAUACUGUUUAUUGUGGAUAUGAAAAUAGCAAUCUUGAUUUAGAGCAAAGAUGCAACAGUCAGUGGUACAAUACAAUCGGUUUGAUUAUCUACUGCUCAACAGUAACUUACAGGAGGUUGGGUUUUGCCUGUUGUAGUUUAACAAAUUGGAUAUCUGCUGGGAUUUUAUUCCAUCCUUCCAAACAAACCAAUGCCGUUCAUUAACAGGUACCAUAAAAUGUUAUAUUUGCAAAAGAAAACAUUCAUAUAAAUAGGCUUUUUAGUAUCAAUUGCAGAUUGUAGUAAAAAAAAAGUUACAUUAAUUCAAUACCAAUAAAAAUAAAACUUAGUUUUGAUAGCAUAUAAAACCACUUCAAAACAAGCAUCUAUAAAUAACUUAAUUUGUAAACAUAGAAAAAAUCUUAUGUAUAUAUAAAAAUAAACAUCUGAUGCACUGUACAAGAAGACAUUAUCCUUCAUAGGCACUGGCAUCAUUGAUCAACAGGAUUCCCCCAGAUGUUUUUCCUACAAAAACUGCUUUAUCACUAGUGCCGUGUCCAAAAUAAAAGGGGAAAAAAAAGCAAAGCACUGAGCAAAUCUGUGGAGUGUAUGAAGACCUCCCUUGCCUCCUCCAGAAAUCCAUGGCAGCGGUACUUGGGACAGAGCCAAUACAUUGUGAUGCUGUUUCUGCUCAUGUUUUCCGAGGGCUUUUAUUUACUGCCUUGUUUGCACUUCCUUUCUUGGUUUCCAUUAAAAAGGAGGGGCUGUAUAAUAGGUUGCAACUCUGGAAAUCUGUCUGUUUGCUCAGUUGUGGAAAACUUUGUGAGGGGUUGCCCCUUUCUUUCCUUGAAGAGCUAUGGAAGAUGCAUGACACUUGAAGUGAACCAUGCCAUGAUUCAGUUUGGCAGGCUUCUAGGAGAAGGCUGAGCCUCACCAAAAGGGAACAGUAAUAUAUUGGUGUUAGGAUUGUAACCAUGACCAUCUAAAGUCAAAACAAAGCAAAGUUGUAAGUGAAAGGUUUUGUUAUCCUACAUGGUGUAGUUUAUUGGGGAGAAAGCCUUGGGCUGGUAUCUCUCAAAACUGCUAUUCUCUUAAAUAUCAAUUUUAAAUAGCUAUUACCUUUUCUUUUAAAACUUAGUGCCUAUUAACAGGAAGCAACAUAGAAGCUGAGAGCCAAAAUUGCACCUGUGCAAAGAUAUAGUAAAAGUAGAUCUUUGCUCUUGAACUUAAAGGUGGAAAGAGCAGCUAACUUCACUGUACGCUGGGAAAAUGUAUCUUUUACUGAAAGUAACUGUGUUACAGUAGCAGAUGCUGAGUCUAGUAAGGUGGAUGCUUGAAUAAAUAUUUCUCAGUUGACAAAGCAAGAGGUUCUUGAACAAAGUGGGUUUUUUGAGCUACAGAAGGCAUAUCAUAGGAGCUUUUAUUGCUUGGAAAAGAUAUCUACAGUGAUUUGUAACCAACUGUUGUGCUGAAGAACUACAUGAAGUUAUUCAGAUAUUUGUGUUGGUUGUGUUUAUGGUUAAUUUUAGGAAUGUGUGACCAGACUUGGAAGUGUGUUACACAAACACAUAAAGGCUGACAGGAGGAUUGUUGGACAAAGUUCAACAGAAAUACCAUGAGGUAACCAAAUGGGAAGAGUUGGUAUUCACUG